GCUGGCUGUGUACAGAACAUCAGACGGCAGACAGACAGGCAGCGGUGACAAGUGGUGUAUUUGAGCGAAGAAGACUGAAAGGCUCAUAGUGUUUUCUCUGUAAAUGGAAUUUAUUCGUGGAUGCGGACAUGUGGAAACGGAAGAAAAUCCCAGGAUUACCAUAAGUUGACUACGAAUGUGGAAGAUUCCGGUGGCGCGCAGAGACGGGUUUUCGGUAUCUCUGACAUGCGUUUGACACGAUGGGGCUGUAAAAAUGCGUUGAAGAGGUCUGCCUCGUGACUUGACUGGCCAGUGUGCAGUUUCAAGCGAAACAGGAUGAGAUCUGUUCCCCCCCAAAUGUGCUGUACAUAAUAAAGACUUGUACUAACAGUUCCUGGCGACCUCCGACACCUUUGGCUGCUGUCCCACUGUCAGAUGCUUGGCAAAUGAACCAUUCUACCAUUCUACCACCAUCCGACGACCACCGGCAGGCAUACGUGAUCACGGCCAACGAGACCCGCGUAAAAUCGGUGCAAUGAGAUGAGGCUCAGAAAUGGAACGGUUGCCACUGUGAUUAUUUUCUUCACCUCUUUCCUAAGCCUGUCUUGGUACACGGCGUGGCAGAAUGGCAAAGAGAAGCUAGUGGCGUACCAGCGUGAGUUCCAUGCGUUGCGGGAGCGUCUGCGGGUGGCGGAGCAGCGUACGCUGCAGCGCUCGUCCGAGCUCAACAAUAUCCUGGAGCAGUUCCGCCGCGCCAUCGCAGAGACCAACGGCAGCAAGGACGCACUCACCAACUUCUCAGAUGAGACCCAGAAGCUGCUAAAGGAGCUGGCCAAUCGGAAGCCUCUGCAGGUGCCCAACAUCUACCACCACCUGCCCCACCUGCUGGACAAUGAGGGCAGCCUGCACCCGGCCGUCCAGGUGGCACAGGGACGCACGGGAGUGUCCAUGGUGAUGGGCAUCCCCACGGUGAAGAGGGAGGUGAAGUCCUACCUGGCCGAGACGCUGCGCUCGCUCAUCGACAAGCUCACGCCCGAGGAAAAGCUCGACUGCGUCAUCAUCGUCUUCGUCGGAGAGACGGACAUAGAUUAUGUACACAGUGUGGUUGCAGGCCUGGAAAAGGACUUUUCCACAGAGCUGAACUCGGGCCUGCUGGAGGUAAUCUCCCCCCCUGCCAGCUACUACCCCGACCUCAACAACCUCAAGGAGACCUUCGGAGACUCCAAGGAGAGAGUCAAAUGGCGGACAAAGCAGAACCUGGACUACUCCUUCCUCAUGAUGUACGCCGUCAACAAAGGGGUCUACUACGUGCAGCUGGAGGACGACAUCGUGGCCAAGCCCAACUACUUUGCCACCAUGAAGAACUUUGCCCUGCAGCUGGCCUCCGAGGACUGGAUGAUCCUGGAGUUCUCCCAGCUAGGCUUCAUCGGUAAGAUGUUCAAGGGUCCCGACCUGAACCUGAUUGUGGAGUUCAUCUUCAUGUUCUACAAAGAGAAGCCCAUUGACUGGCUGCUGGACCACAUUCUCUGGGUCAAAGUCUGCAACCCUGAGAAAGACGCAAAACACUGCGAGCGUCAGAAGUCGAGCCUGCGCGUGCGCUUCAGGCCCUCCCUCUUCCAGCACGUGGGCCUGCACUCCUCCCUGGCAGGAAAGAUCCAGAAGCUCACGGAUAAGGAUUUCCUGAAGCCGCUGCUGCACAAGAUCCACGUGAACCCGCCGGCGGAGGUGUCCACGUCCCUCAAGGUGUACCAGGGCCACACGCUGGAGAAGACCUACAUGGGGGAGGACUUCUUCUGGGCCAUCAACCCCACUGCUGGGGACUAUGUGCUCUUCAAGUUCGACCGGCCUGUCAGCAUCGAGAGGUUCCUGUUCCGCAGUGGCAACCAGGAGCACCCUGGAGACAGGAUUUCAAACACCACCGUGGAGCUCCUGCCUCUGAUGCUGUCCAAGGCCAAGAAGCAUGGAAUUACAAAGGUUGAAAUGGAUGCCCACCUUUUAUCAGAAAGUGAAAUACAGACCAAAGAGAAAUUCAAGAGAACAGACGAUCACUUCUACAGAGUGGCCUAUUUUGAGAAGGGUAUGGCAGAGGCAGCAGUGGACCCAGCGUUCAACCCUGUGGUGGCCCUGCGGCUUACCGUGCUGAAGGACUCUCCAGUCUGGGCUAUCCUGAGUGAGAUUCACAUUAAACGGGUGGCCGGCUAGCGGCCUGAAGGACCCCCUACCCCGCUGGUGACGCUGGUCGAUACCCCCUGUAGGCACAGCUGUGCUGUGUCGGGCGGGGGUGUCCCUCCCCCCUCCACUCCCCCUCGGUUACCACAACUGAAGAAAAAUGAGUGAAUGAAAUAUUGACAGUGGCUUGGCAGAGACCUGUUGUUGGCUCGGACAUUGCCACAGUCACCCCCCCACCCCCGAAUGAAGCAAAUGCUGGCACCCAUCCCUCUGUUUCUCUCUUCCACUGCAUUCCUCCAAAUUCCCCAUCCUCGUCUGUCUGUCUGUCUGACUGUCUGUCUUUUCCGUCUCCUGACUGUCUCUCCACCUCCUCUCGCUCUCUUAGCUGGCCCAAUCCUUGCACUUGGCCCAUGUCCCCCCUCCCACCGCCUUCCUCCCCCACCCUUCGCGAGUGCUUAUGUGAAUGUGACUACUACUGUACAGAAAAGACACGUUCCUCUCCUCGAGGGAUACUAUUGACUUUAUUGUUUUACGUGGAGUAUCGUCAUUUUUUUGAAGGAAUUGCGUCCAGUGCCAUCAAGAAAAGAGGAAGCGCUACUUGUGGAGUUAGAGAGAAUGCCACCACCUCUCUUUGGCUCAGCCUCGACUUAAGGCGGCUUACAAGACUGAGAGUGUGUCGUAGAUGGACUCAUGCGUGUGCACACACAAACAUACACAUACGCACCCUGACAUAUUUGUUGCACCUGUUGUUUGUGUUUUGUUUUUAAAAGGGGUUAUUGCACUGUUGUAAGAGAGACAGUCCCUUCAUGAAAAAAGAAUGUUCUUAUCUUUUUGUUUUAACGACACAAAAAAAUGUGUAUCUUUACUUUUCCUUCUCUAAAAUCUACACCAAUCUGAACAGAGAGAACCCACAUAGGUUAUGCCAUUUGUAUUUAAUAAAUGCAUUAUAUAGUUUCAAACACACUGGGUAAAUAAUUAUAUUUCAAGUUUUUAAACUUAAUCUUUCUAGUUAUUGAUCUUGCGCUUGAUUCCCAGCAAAUGCCUUUCACUGACGGGCUUGCCAAUCUUUUUCUGCAUUUAUCACAAAUAAAAUCUCCUGUUAAACAGGAGUCUAGUUUUUGACCCAAGUCUUGGUCAUGUCAUGGAAAAACAAAACAUGGCGUCCCCCAAAAUCUCUGAAGGGAUACAUAAUGUUUACUUCUACUACUACAACGUCUCUGUCUGUUCUCCUUCUAUUUCUUCCUUUUCUUCUUCUUGGUAUUUUGACGAUCUAUGAAGGUGACUUAAUUUAUUUGAAAUAAAUCUUUAAUUUGUACAAGAGGAAGAAAAGAAUGUUAUUUUUUAAAUCUGUAAGAGAAGUCUAUUAAGUGUUUUGAGAGAAUGACAGAAAACAAACAAAAAAAACAAACAAGCAAAACGAAGCUAGAUUGUUUUCUGUAAUGUUUUUAAUUGCUACCAUGACUUAUUUUGUUUCUGUUUUUGUGGAACGUGAAGCGCAAUGUUCUGUGUAGCUGCUGUUGUCCUUUGCCUACCUUUUUUUUAUCACUGCCUGCACAAUGCUGUGGUGUGCAGGGUCUAUACCUGUGUGCCUUAUUCUUCUCCAAAUCCCCUUUACUCCGCCUCUCUCUCUCUCUCUCUCUCUCUCUCUCUCUCUCUCUCUC